AUGCUAGCUCGGCUUCCUGCGCCUGCGAACUCGCCUACGGAUCAUUUGUUUGUCGGGACGGAUCGAUACACUUAUUGCACGUUAUCGUGGGAUGGGGAGAGGAACCAGAUCCGGACGGAGAGGAACUAUGUUGAUAUAUCUGAUCCUUCGUCGCGGGAGGCGCAGACGGGGAAUCGGUGCUUGAUUGAUCCUAGCGGACGGUUUAUGACGCUCGAGGUGUAUGAGGGCGUGAUCGCUGUUGUGCCGAUUGUGCAGUUGCCCAGUAAGAAGAGGGGGAGACAGGUUGCUCCGCCUUCGGGACCGGAUGCGCCUCGGGUCGGGGAGUUGGGCGAGCCGACGACGGCGCGAAUUGAUGAGCUGUUUGUGCGCUCGUCUGCCUUCUUGCAUGUUCAGUCGGGGCCGCCUAGGUUGGCGUUGCUGUAUGAGGAUAACCAGAAGAAAGUGAGGCUCAAGGUUCGCGCGUUGCAUUAUAGUGCGGCGACGUCGAGUACAGGGGCCGAUGCGGCGUUUGAGGAGUCGCUGGAUGGGUUCUCGCAGGAAUUGGACCUCGGAGCGUCGCAUCUGAUACCGGUUCCGGCGCCUUUAGGUGGCUUGCUUGUUCUGGGAGAGACGUCCAUCAAGUAUGUUGAUACGGACAGUAACGAGAUUGUGUCGCGUCCCUUGGAUGAAGCGACAAUUUUCGUGGCUUGGGAGCAGGUAGAUAGUCAGAGAUGGCUUCUAGCUGAUGAUUAUGGAAGACUGUUUUUCCUGAUGCUAGUCCUGGAUUCUAACAACCAAGUACAAUCGUGGAAGCUGGAUCACUUAGGGAAUACGGCUAGAGCUUCAGUGCUGAUAUACCUCGGCGGCGGAGUUAUCUUCGUAGGAUCUCACCAAGGGGAUUCGCAAGUUCUUCGAAUCGGCAAUGGCUCGUUGGAGGUCAUCCAGACGCUCUCCAAUAUCGCACCCAUCCUUGAUUUCACCAUCAUGGACCUUGGAAACCGUACCAGUGAGAGCCAGACACAUGAGUUUUCUUCAGGCCAGGCUCGCAUUGUGACUGGUUCGGGCGCCUUUGAUGAUGGAACCCUUAGAAGUGUCCGCAGUGGUGUCGGCAUGGAAGAGCUCGGUGUGCUUGGUGAGAUGGAGCUCAUUACGGACUUGUUCGGACUGCAGCUUGCGACAAAGGGUGGAUACUUGGACACUCUUCUCGUUACCUUUGUCGAUGAGACACGAGUUUUUCAGUUCAAUUUUGAUGGCGAGGUUGAAGAGUUGGACAGCUUUCUUGGUCUCAGCCUUUCAGAGAACACACUCCUCUCUAUGAACCUUCCUGGAGGAAGAAUCUUGCAAGUCACCGAACAGAGAGUACUCAUCGCCGAUAUUGAAGGCGGCAUGGUCACCAAUGAAUGGACCCCGCCAGACCGAUUAGUGAUCACUUCUGCUUCUGCCAACAAUGAUUCGAUUGUUCUUGUCAGCGGCGGCCAGAUUCUGACAGUCUUCGAUAUCAACAAUGAUGUUCGGGUUGUGGCUCAGAAGGAUUUCGGAGCAGACAGCCAGAUCUCAGGAGUCACGGUGCCCUUAUCUUCGGCUGGGGUCUGUAUCGUUGGCUUCCCUCAAUUAGCGAAGGUCUCGGUUUUGGACCUUGGCCGGCUAUCGGAGCUUCAUACAACGUCGUUGGGCCCGGCUGGUGAAGCAUUCCCACGAUCAGUACUCGUCGCCGACGUCCUUGCGAAUAGCCCCUCUACCCUCUUCAUUUCGAUGGCAGAUGGCAGCGUCAUCACUUAUGCCUUCGACGCCAGUGACUACUCACUGACCGGGAUGAACCGGCUCAUACUUGGGUCUGAGCAGCCUACCUUCAAAAAGUUGCCUCGCGGCGAUGGAUUGUAUAAUGUCUUCGCCACAUGCGAGAACCCCAGCUUGAUAUACGGCUCCGAAGGCCGCAUCAUCUACUCUGCGGUCAAUUCGGAGGGUGCAUCUCGGGUAUGCCACUUCAACUCGGAGGCAUAUCCUGGUUCGAUUGCCGUGGCCACCAAACACGACUUGAAGAUUGCUCUUGUGGACAAGGAGAGGACAACACAGAUCCAGACGCUUCCUAUGGGCGAAACUGCCCGUAGGGUUGCAUAUUCGCCCUCUGAAAAGGCUUUUGGUAUCGGUACCAUCGAGCGCAAAUUGAAGGACGGAGCUGAGAUGGUCCAAAGUCGGUUUGUGCUAGCUGAUGAGAUUAUGUUCCGUCGUCUCGACGCCUUUGGUCUUCGACCGGAGGAGCUGGUUGAGAGCGUCAUUCGUGCGGAGUUUUCUGCGGGUAAGGAUGAGAAUGGUCGCGACGUAUUCAAAGAUCGGUUCGUUGUUGGCACAGCAUACCUGGAUGAUGAGAAUGAAGAGUCAAUCCGAGGCCGGAUCUUAGUCUUCGAGAUUGACAACGGUCGGAAAUUGACUAAAGUCGCCGAGUUGCCUGUCAAGGGUGCAUGCCGCGCGCUGGCUAUGCUAGGAGAGAAGAUUGUGGCCGCUCUUGUGAAAACGGUCGUCAUCUAUGGGGUGGUGAACAACGACUUUGGUGCGAUGAAGCUCGAGAAGUUGGCCAGCUACCGCACAUCGACCGCCCCCGUCGACGUCACCGUAACGGGUAACGUGAUUGCCGUCGCCGACCUUAUGAAGAGUGUAUGCCUGGUGGAGUACAGUGAAGGCGAGAAUGGAAUGCCGGAUAGCUUGACAGAAGUCGCUCGUCAUUUCCAGACCGUUUGGGCCACUGGCGUUGCCUGUAUUGCCAAGGAUACAUUCCUGGAAACUGACGCUGAAGGUAACUUAAUUGUCCUUCGACGCAAUCUGACCGGUGUGGAGGAAGACGACAAGCGCAGACUGGAGGUAACAGGGGAGAUCUCGUUGGGUGAGAUGGUCAACCGCAUCCGACCGGUCAAUAUUCAACAAUUGGCGAGUGUGACGGUCACCCCGAGGGCUUUUCUGGGCACAGUGGAAGGCUCCAUCUAUCUCUUUGCUAUCAUCAACCCAGAGCAUCAGGACUUCUUGAUGCGUCUGCAGGCAACCAUGGCGGGCAAGGUCGAGUCGCUGGGGAACAUUCCAUUCAAUGAGUUCCGUGGUUUCCGCAGCAUGGUGCGAGAGGCGAAAGAGCCGUAUCGCUUUGUGGAUGGCGAGCUGAUUGAGAGGUUCCUGACCUGCGAGCCGAGUCUCCAGGAAGAAAUUGUGGACUCGGUGGGCAUGAUGAACAAAGGCAGUUGCUACGAACAUCGACCUUCUAUCGAUGUCGACCCCUCUUCAUCCUUCUUCAGCUCCCACAUCAUCUUCACCGUGUUCCAGUCAUUCGUUGCGUACUGGCUUACUCCCAUCUUCCCUAGCUACUCUAUUAUCGUAUCCCAACUCCCCCGAUCCACACGGCUAUUCUGCUGGUUCAAAUACGGCACCAUGCAUACUGCUGUUUCUGAAUCCGCUCAGGCUCCUGAUACUCGUGGACUGUCCACUCUGCUUGGGGGCUUGAACAUCCAGGGUCAGCGUCCCGGGGCCAAGUACAAUGGUCUCAAGAGCAACAUGCCGCUAGCUGUGCCUCCUUAUAAUCCCCUUGUUCUUCUCCCCAAUGGAGCUUUCUUCGGUGGUCUUCCUUAUGAUCAGAACCCGUAUCUACCCCCCACUGGCAUCUAUCCGGGCUUAGCUUCCCCAUGCCCAGUGGUUCCCAGCCCUGCAGGAGACUUCUACCAUGGAGCCACCCCGAACCUGGAAGGCCCUGGACUGCCUAGCUAUGGUUAUAACAGCUUUCCCCAGUCGGGACCUGCAUGUCUACCUUUCCAGAUGAUGAAGACUCCUACUGGAUACAUCCUUCAGGAUCUGGAAAGCCUAACCCAGCAAGAUCCGCCGAUUCCACGGGCUGUGCCUGCUAUGUGGACUAACCCUUCUGAACUGACCCUUGCCAAGUGCCUGGAAAACCGGGAGGGCAUUACCAACGUCUACAUUCGAGGCUUUCUUCCAGAGACUACGGAUGAGAUGCUGCAUGCCUAUGCCUCUCGCUUUGGAAAGAUAGAUCGAUGCAAAGCAAUUGUGGACUUGGAUACAGGCCUUUGCAAAGGGUUCGGCUUUGUUCAGUACUACAACUUUGAGUCUUGUGAAAACUGUAUUCGCGGUUUCUUCUAUCUUGGCUACCAGGCUAGCUUUGCUCAGAAAUCUCGCAACUCCCGUCUCAAGGACCUUGAAGACAAGUCAUCCACUAACAUCUAUUGUACCAACAUUCCGAUUGAGUGGACAGAGGCCGAUCUCCGUCAUCACUUUGAGCCGUACCAUGUCAUCUCGGAGAAGAUCAGCCGUGACGAGAAGACUGGAGUGAGCAAGGAAGUUGGAUUUGCCCGGUUUGAAUCCCGUGAAAUCGCUGAAAAAGUCCUGUCUGAAUAUCAUAAUGCGGUUGCCAAAGACGGUGUGAAGUUGCUUCUUCGCUUCGCCGACACUAAGGCCCAGAAACUUCUCAAGCAGCAGAGUAACGAGCGCCGCGCCUAUCGUGCUGGCGAAUACAAUUAUUCGGUCGAGGUAGUUCAGGGUUCCACUCCAUCGCCUUCUAUUAACCGUCUUCAGCAGACUGCAUCUCACCUCAGCCCCAAUUCGCAGGGUAGCUAUGUGUCACCUGUUGGCAUGGGCGCAGCUUGGACUCCUGCUACAUCCAUCUCCCCAUCGUAUUUGGCGAAGAGUCAGGCUAGCAACAUGAGGUUCAACUCGUGGACUUCCCGCAAUGGACCAGGAGGUCUGGAGAAUACACCUUUGUAUCGUGGACGACGUGGAGUGUGGAAUGAAAAUUCCUCGGGCUCUUCCUCCAAGGCCAAUUUCGCCACUCCCACCGCGUCCUGCGUUGAAUCUCGUUCCGAACGAUCCAGCCCUCGUAAGGAGAUUAAGGCAGGAUCCUUGUCUCCGAUUUCCUCUCGCAGGGAGGUUAUUGUGACUUCGCCUCGGUCGGUUGUCUAA